AGGGGGACGCGGGGUCGGCUCCGUUGCUUGGUGGUGGCGAGGUCGGGGAUUUGGUGCCUGCCGAACGGCUUCGCGGCGGCGGCAUCACAGUUCUACCUCUGUUCUACAGAGUGAGUUAGUGGAGUUUGUGUGUUCUACCCCUGUUCUACAGAGUGAGUGAGUGGAGUUUGUGUGCUCUACCCCUGUUCUACAGAGUGAGUGAGUGGAGUUUGUGUGAUCUACCCCUGUUCUACAGAGUGAGUGGAGUUUGUGUGAUCUACCCCUGUUCUACAGAGUGAGUGAGUGGAGUUUGUGUUUUCUACCCCUGUUCUACAGAGUGAGUGAGUGGAGUUUGUGUGAUCUACCCCUGUUCUACAGAGUGAGUGAGUGAUCCCCCUGGUCUGCAUGGGUUUCCCUCCGGGGUCUCCGCUCCCCUCCCAUAGCUAAACCCACAGUGGAACUGGUAUCGACUGCAACCACAUCCCCCACUGCUCAACAAUUCCCUGCAACAAACUCCUCAACAUUGCCACCGCCUACUGCAAGAACACUUGACAGCACGUGCGUGCGUGUGUACGUUGAACUUCUUUCGCAGCGCCGUGCAUUGUCCAACCGUGCUAAUCGGAGGUGCGGGGGGAAGGAAACUAGACACAUAAAGUCGUUCUAAAUAAAUUAGUUGUCAAUGUACAUGAUUUGAUAGUGCGUGGCUCCCGGCGGCUUCCGAAUAUCGGAAGGAAUGAGCGUUCCAGACGGCCUCGCGACGAUGCAGCGACCACCACCGUCUGGGUUCGACGGCGAACAAAAAGCCGCUGCUCCGAGGGCGACCGCGUGAUGACGGUUUAUGGCUCCUCGUUGAAAUCGGCGGCGAGGUGUAGCGGUUCAUUAGCAGCAAGCCACUUUGUGUGUGCCUGGUGCGAGCUUGUAGCGUAUCCGUUUGGCAAAACCGGGAAGCCAACGUGGCUCUGCGAGCACCGGACGGACACGGUGGGAUCUUGCGGUAGCCGUCACCACACGCGGCCAGAGAAUAUUCUUGGCUUUUUCGUUAAAGUCACGUAGAAGGGAAAUAAUACAAUAAUAAAAAUAAAAUAAUAAAAUUCUCACGACGUUUCGAUUGCAACACAAGCAAUCAUCAUCAUGAUGAUCAUGAUGAUGAUUGCUUGAUCAUGAUGAUGAUCGCUUUGUGCGUGUGACGAGUGCGACCUCGUAACGUAUUUUGUGUUCGGCAACCCUCGGCCGCCCCCCUCCCCGCUUGCGUCCCUGCAGGCGACGGCGCUGUGACGCAGGCGGUGAAGCAGGAGCGGCUCGACGGGGGGGAGGCCGGCGUCGAGGUCAAGAUGGAAGACCCCACGAAGACGCUCGGCCUCGAAGGGCCGCGCGGCGACGAGCCGCCCCCCCUCCCGCCGUCGUCGUCGUCGUCGCCCCCCUCCUCCUCUCCGCCGUCGUCGCACGUCCCGCCCCCCGCCGGCGCCGCCGCCGCCGGCGCCGCCGCGAAGGCUCCGCGCCGCGGCCAGGCCAAGCGCUACGCCUGCCCGCAGUGCGGCAAGGCCUUCCGCCAGUCCACCCACCUGCUGCGGCACCGCUCGCUGCACACGGGCGAGCGCCCGCUGCGCUGCGGCGAGUGCGGCAAGGGCUUCGCGCUGCCCGCCGACCUGCGGCGCCACGCCGUGGUGCACGCCCCCCAGCGGCCCAGCUACGCCUGCGACCUCUGCUCCAAGACCUUCCGCUGGCCCCACGGCAUCGCCAAGCACCGCCAGACGGCGCACGCGGCCCGCGGCUCGGAGCCCUUCGGCUGCGGCACGUGCGGCAAGGGCUUCCGCUCCAAGGCCUACCUGAGCACCCACCAGACGGUGCACCGCGGCGAGAGGCCCUUCGGCUGCGACGGCUGCGGCAAGAGCUUCGGCUGGAUGGCGAGCCUCCGGGCGCACGUGAACCACGUGCACCUGGGCCUGAGGCCCUUCCAGUGCGAGGAGUGCGGCAAGACCUACAAGUCCAAGCACGGGCUCCUGGAGCACCGCCAGCGGAGGCACGCCGGCGGCCUGCGGCCCCACCCCUGCGGCGCCUGCGGGAAGGCCUUCGCGACGGCCGCGGCCGUCAGCAUCCACCGCAAGACGCACGCGGCGGAGCGCGAGCGGCGGCACGUGUGCGGCACGUGCGGCGCCGGCUUCUUCCAGGCGGGCACGCUCGCCAACCACGUGCGCACGCACACCGGCGAGCGGCCGUUCGCGUGCGAGAUGUGCGGCGUCGCCUUCACGCGCUCGGACCACCUGCGCAAGCACGUGCACACGCACCUGGCGGGUGGCGGCGGCGGCGCCGGUGGCGGCGGCGGCGGGCGCAGGGUGCUGCUGGGCGAGGAUGCCGUCGCGAGCGGCGGCGGCGGAGGUAACGCCGGGGGCGGAUGCCACGUGGGUGGCGGCGGUGGCGGCAAUGCCGGCGGCAACAUCGGUCACAUCGGUGGUGGCAACAUCGUCGGUGGCAACAUCGUCGGUGGCAACAUUGGCCACAUCGGCGGUAGCCACAUCGGCGGCGGCAACAUCGGCCACAUUGGCGGCGGCAACAUUGUUGCCGGCAACAUGGGCCACAUAGGCGGCGGCCACAUCGGCGGCAACAUCGGCCACAUCAGCAGCGGUGGCGGCAACAUCGGCCACAUCGGUAGUAGCCACAUCGGUAGUAGCCACAUCGGCGGCGGUGGCGGCAACAUUAUCGGUGGCGGCAACAUUAUCGGCGGCAACAUCGGCCACAUCGGCGGUAGCCACAUCGGCGGCGGCAACAUCGGCCACGGCCACAGCCACGGCAUGAGCAGCGGCAACAUCGUCGGCAGCGGCGGCGGCGGCAUCGGCAGCAGGAAGCUGCUGUGGUCGGGCGGCGCCGACGGUGGCGGCGGCGGCGGCGGAGUCCUGGCCUAUGGCGGCGUGAAGGUGGCCGGAGGUGGCGGCGGCGUGGGCGGUUACGGCAUCGGCGGGGGCAUCGGCGGCAUCGGCGGCGUGGGCGGCGAGGGGCUACCGCUGUGGUGACUGCGCCCGGCAUGCAGCCGUACCCGGGCCGCGCCGUCAGCGUGCUUACGGCGCCGGCGGCGCCGGCGACCGCCAUGGACGUCAAACUCUCGACCGUCCUCUUCCAGGAGGGGCUGGCGGCGGUCGCGGCUGGAGUGAACGUGUUCAACUGACGCGGGGGGGGUGGAGCCGGUUCGGCACGAUGAACCGGAUCGGUCCGGUGAGGCCAGAUUGGCCGCGGUGAGCCCGGCCGGAUUUCGGCCCCGGUGACGCCGGAGCCGGUGGCGGUGGCUGGAUGGUUUUGCCGGGACGAACGUGGAGGGAGCCGUGCGCGAUGCGGUUUGCCACGGUGCCGAUAUCCGGUGAUGCAACACGGUCGGUCCCGACUUGGCGUUGUGGUGCUCUCGGUUUGGCCACAAGUUUGUAAAGUUUUGGUGCCCCUAGGGGAGACCACUCGGUGGCAGCAGCAGCAUCGCCACCACCCCCCUCUGCUGCC